CAGUAACACUGAAUCUAUGACAUGGGACAAAGCAAACGACACAUGCACGUUAGCAACACCGGAAUUUAUUAAUGAUGGUGAACACUUUACUGUAAAGGACAAUCAGAACAUGACAAAUGAUAUGGAAGGAAGGUGGCUUGGAUACUACCGGAAUAUGCGGGGUUUUGAGUAUUUUGGAUGUAUAAAAAAUUCAGAAUUCUUCAGAAUUCCAUCGAAACGUAUUGUGAAGAAUUCACCAGGAAAUUGUUUUUCUGUAUGUUCACGAAGUGGGACAGUUGUUGGACUAAUGGGUCAACAGUGUUAUUGUUUUAAUUCAACCACAUCAGAACAUAACCUAGUUAGCAAUGCAUCAUGUGCUGAACCAUGCCCGCCCCCAUCUGAAGGUUUAGCUUGUGGGGGACAAACAUUUAUUUCCUUAUAUGUGGUAAAUAGGAAAGGUAAGGCAAAUAUGCAAAAGUGA